UUCCACCUCCAGCACCAUUUCUGGCCGAGACAGUCAACAGUGCGUUCGUGUUCGACUGAGCCCUCGUCGUCCAAGCAUAUGGCACAUACCGCCUCUUUUCUUUCUUCUAUCUGUGUCCCCACCACUCUUUAAAAAUUCCGCCGAAAAAGAGAAGACGAUUUUCCAAAUCAUUCAGGCCGUUAUCUCACGGCUCUCCACUCUCUCUGCAAGUGUAUAAACGCUAUCCAGAAGGCCUAGGGGAGGCCCUCUACCGCGAGCAGUUUGACUUUAACGCUGAGCCGCCUUGGGAUCCUAGCUGAUAGCGGGAGAGGACCAUCUCCCACAUCGUCCAUUUUGUUGCAUACCCAGAAUACUCCAGCGGCUCAGUAAACUCUCUAUGAUUGUCGGUUUUGCGGAAUACGGUUGAGAUGAAAGGAUUUGUUGAUGCACCAAACUACAUAAUUGAAGUACUUGAGGGAGGAACGACCCUUGAAGAUGUUGUCGACAACCACGUCUAUGAACAAAAUCUGGCUGAAAAGAAUGCAUUUGUUGUGGCCAACCUUGGGGCCCUAAUGCGACAGCAUGUUCUGUGGAAGACCACCAUGCCCCUCGUUCGACCCUUCUACCCAGUCAGUUGUAAUAGUAGCCCUGUGGUCAUUGAAGUCCUGUCUGCACUCGGUGUUGGAUUUGUCUGUGCAAAUAAGGCUGAAAUCACCUUGGUACUCAAUCAUGAUAUCCCUCCUGAAAAUAUCAUCCUGUCUGGAGUUUGCAAGCAGUUCUCACUCAUUAAACAUGCAGCCAAGAAUGGCAUUAACUAUCUGAUGUGUGAAAAUGAGGCAGAGCUUCGCAAAAUUGCCCGUGCCCACCCUGAAGCCAAGCUUUUGCUGCAAGUGUCUACGGAAGCACAGGUGGAAGAGGCUAGUGUGACCAUUGGAUGCUCCCUGAAGGGCUGCAGGCACCUUCUGGAAAUGGCCAAGGAGUUGAGCGUAGAUGUGGUUGGAGUCACGUUCCAGGUACCAGUUUCAUGCAGAGAUCCUCAGAUGUACACCCAUGCACUGUCAGACGCUCGCUGCAUCUUUGACAUGGGGAAGGAACUAGGCUUUGACAUGAAGAUUCUGGAUAUCGGUGGUGGAUUUAGUGGUUCUGAGUUUCAGUUGAAACAGAUACUGUCUACUGUCAGACCACUGCUGGAGGUCUAUUUCCCCUCUGUGUCUGGAGUGAACGUCAUUGCUGAACCAGGAAGUUUCUAUGUGUUUUCCUCCUUCACCCUGGCUGUCAAUGUUAUUGGCAAGAAAGCAGUUUACCAGGACAUUCAUGAUGGGCUGACCCCAAAUGACGAGCCAGAAUUUCUGUAUUAUAUGAAUGAUGGUGUUUAUGGAUCUUUUGUGGGGAAGUUGUUUGGAAAUGUAAUCACUGCACCCUCUGUGCACAAGAUGUCCCUCACAUUAGAUGACCCAGUGUUCUCCAGCAGCUUGUGGGGUCCUUCAUAUGAUGCUCUGGACCAGGUGGUGGAGCAUUGCCUCCUCCCUGAGCUCUCCAUUGGAGACUGGCUUAUUUUCAGCAACAUGGGGGCCAGCGGUCAGAAGGGGCAAGCAACCUUCAGUGACACAGACCAACCACCUGUGUAUUACACCAUCUCCACAGAUGACUGGUUUGAGAUGCAGGAGGCUGGGAUUUCUCUUGACGACACCAUAAAAAACUUCUCAUUGGUCCAGUAUGGCUUGUAACUGAGCCGAACUCCGUCCACUAACCACUAGGCAUGUGAAUAGCUUGCAGAGUCAACAUUCCAACAGUCAUGGGUGGAAAAAUUAUAUUGGUGCUGGUGGGGAAGAAAACAGACUUGAUGUUAUUGGGCAAACUAAUUGAUUGACAAUUAUUACCUCAGUUUCUUACAAUUACAAAAAGGCUCACUGUCCUUAUCACUCAAAACAAAUGACAGAAAACCCAUGUUAAAUAACAUAUGCAACAAAAUGGAUGACUGUGGAGAUGGCACCCAAUUCUUGGGGUACAUAUUCAAACACUGUUUACAUAAAUGUUCAACUAAUUUAAUUGUAUUAUGUAUACAAACAGUAUAUAGAUAUAGAUUACCUACACUCAAAAAAUAAAUAAUAAUAUUAAUUUUAAGAUUUAUGCAUUUCAAUUUCUUAAUAAAAUUCCACCAAACUAAAUUGAGUAAUCUUUAAAAUAAAUUGUAAUUAAAAAUUAAAUAAAAUAGUUUGUUUUAAUUUAAUUUUGUAAAAAAUGUCACUUUGUUUUGUAAAUCUUAAAGAAUAGUUCACCCACAAAUUAAAAUUCUCAUUUACUCACCCUCAUGCCAUUCCAGAUGUGUAUGACUCGCUUUCUGUAGAACACAAAAUCAUUUUUAGAAGAAUAUUUCAGCUCCGUAGGUCCAUGCAGUUUAAGUCAAUGGUGGACAGAACUUUUAAUCUCCAAAAAGCACUUAAAGGCAGCAUUAAAGUAAUACAUAAAAUACUUUUUAAAGUGAUAUGAUCUGUUUGGGGUGACAACAGACCAAAAUAUAACUCCUUUUUCACUGUACAUCAUGCCAUUGCAGUCUCUAGGCAUGAUUGUGAUUUCAAGCUCAAUUACACUUCCUAGUGUUUGAUGCAUGCGCAGAGCACUAGAUGCACUAUAUGAAGUGUAAUCAAGCUUAAAAUCAUGAUCACCAAGGAGACUGCUUUCAAGAUUUAUUGUGAAAAAGGUGUUACAUUUUGAUCUGUUCUUACCCAAAACCGAUUUGAUUGCUUCAGAAGACAUUAAUUAAACUACUUAAGCUUCAAAGAUCUGGUCAUCAUUCACUUGCAUUGUAUGGACAUACAGAGCGGAGACAUUCUUCUAAAAAUCUUCAUUUGUGUUGAAAGAAAUGUAUACACAUCUAGAAUGCAUGAGAGGUGAGAGAAUUUUCAUUUUGGGAUGAACAAUUCUAUUUAAAAUAGGCAAAAAUAUAUUUUUUGAGUGUACUGACAGUCUUGUAAAUUAGUUGUCUGUACAACAUGAUACAUUUGUUGAAAGUGUAAUCUCAAUAAGAAUAGAGUUUAGUAUCUACACAAAUAGGCCAUGACCCGUAGUGUAUAGUAGAAUUUUUUUUUUAGUAAUUCUGUCCACUAAGACCAAUUAGGGAGUAUGUCAUUGCUCCUCUUGCCAAAUUAUUAUUUCCUUAUUACAUGUGGUGCGUCACAUGACCGUAUCUCCAAAGGUUGUUAAAUAUUUCAUAGUGCUCUUUGGUUAAGUGCUGUACUUUUGAGUAUCCCCUAUAACGAUUUUUUAACUUCUGCCAGAUUAACAUUGUGUCUCAUGGUGUCCUAUUGGUCUAUUGGCAACACUUUAUAAUAAGGUUCCAUUCAUUAAGAUUAGUUCAUGCAUUAGGUAUCAUGAAUAAAUAAUUAAUAUAUUUUUGCAGCAUUUAUUCACCUUUGUCAAUAUUAGUAAAUAGAAAAAUACAAGUGUUCAAGGUUAGUUCAUCAUAUAUUAAUUUAAGUGAACCGAGACAACUUUUGAAUUUUAAAAUGUAUAUGUUGAAAUUGAGAUUAACGCUGGAAAAAUAUUGUUCAUUGUUAGUUCUUGUUAACAAAUGGAACCUUAUUGUAAAGUGUUACUGGUAUAUUUUAUAAGCCUUGAAAGACUGCAUGGCAUAAUGGAAUUGCAGACAAAAUCGCUUCAUGGAGCUCACCUCAGUAUCACACCUAAAAGACAGUUUUACCACAAUUGAAUUAAAUGCGUCCAUGCCAGGCAGUUGUUCUCGAUCUAAAAUUGAAAUCGCAAAUGAUGUAUAUCGCAAAUUUAUGUGUUAUACCUUCUGUGUGUCUAUCACAAUUAAAUGACUGAUUUUUAUUAUAACAGCUCACUCUGUUUUAUAAAAUCAACUAUUGUUAAUGAAAUAUGCAGUACCUUAUUUGUCUAAGGCACUAAUGGACCAUUGCCUGUUUUUGACUGUACAAUUGUGCUUGUAAAAGUAAUGAAAAUAUUAAUUUAAUACAUUUAUUUG